CCCUGCUGUCAUCAUGAGUGAUCAGGCUUUGAGCUUCCUCAAGGACUUCCUGGCAGGUGGCGUCGCCGCUGCCGUCUCCAAGACUGCGGUCGCCCCCAUCGAGAGGGUCAAACUGCUGCUGCAGGUCCAGCAUGCCAGCAAACAGAUCAGCGCUGAGAAGCAGUACAAAGGGAUCAUUGAUUGUGUGGUGAGGAUCCCCAAGGAGCAGGGCUUUCUCUCCUUCUGGAGGGGUAACCUGGCCAACGUGAUCCGGUACUUCCCCACCCAAGCUCUCAACUUCGCCUUCAAGGACAAGUACAAGCAGAUCUUCUUGGGGGGCGUGGAUCGGCAUAAGCAGUUCUGGCGCUACUUCGCUGGUAACCUGGCCUCCGGUGGGGCAGCUGGGGCCACCUCCCUCUGCUUUGUCUACCCGCUGGACUUUGCCAGGACCAGGUUGGCUGCCGACGUGGGCAAGGGUGCCGCCCAGCGUGAGUUCAGUGGUCUGGGCAACUGUCUCACCAAGAUCUUCAAGUCUGAUGGCCUGAGGGGUCUCUACCAGGGUUUCAAUGUCUCUGUGCAAGGCAUCAUUAUCUACAGAGCUGCCUACUUCGGAGUCUAUGAUACUGCCAAGGGGAUGUUGCCUGACCCCAAGAACGUGCACAUUAUCGUGAGCUGGAUGAUCGCCCAGACCGUGACGGCAGUGGCCGGGCUGGUGUCCUACCCCUUUGACACUGUUCGUCGUAGGAUGAUGAUGCAGUCUGGCCGGAAAGGGGCUGACAUUAUGUACACGGGGACAGUUGACUGCUGGAAGAAGAUUGCAAAAGAUGAAGGAGCCAAGGCUUUCUUCAAAGGUGCCUGGUCCAAUGUGUUGAGAGGCAUGGGUGGCGCUUUUGUAUUGGUGUUGUAUGAUGAGAUCAAAAAAUAUGUCUAAUGCAGUUGAAAAUCAAGUUCAU